AUGAGCACUGAAAUCGAAGAUAAUACGGAUAUUCAUUCGAAUGAUGAAGUUAAUCAAGAUAGCAAUGAAUUAUCACAAGAAAUUGAUCAACCACUAUCAUCCGAAAACGAACGAGAAGAAAAGCAAGUUCAAGAAUUAUCAAUUGAUGAUAAACAAGAAAUUGAAUCACGACCAAUUUUAACAUCGAAUAAUAAUGAACUACCAUCAGAAUCUCCAUCAACUGAUGUUAUCAUUGAAAAAGAAGAUGAUUCAACAGCAGCAACUAUCUCAGAAGAGAAUUCAUCAGCAUUACCUUUAUCUGAAGAAACUUCAUUAGUAUUACCUGAAUGUGAACAAGACAAUAAUAAUGCAGUUGGUGAUACUAUUCAAUCAGAAUCUUCAAAUUAA